AUGGCCUUUUGGAGACCCAGUUAUCUCCAGUUGUACGGCACCAUGCCCAGCGAUGCCGAAGUGUCUGCAGCCAGAGCGAAGCUGGCUGCCAUGCGACAGUCCUUGGCGGGGCUGAAGCAGCAUCAGGCCCGUCUGGAAGUCGUGUGCCAAAAGGCGAAGGAGAACGAGUCCUCCCUAAAGAAGGAGCUCCGUGAGUUGAUGGACAAGAUGGCGCAGGUAAAGUUAGAGAGAGAGGACAUCGAGGGUCUCUUCUAUUCAGAUGAAGGCUUCGGGCCCUGGCAGACCCAGUUUCGACGUUUCUGGCGCCCUAACGCCCCAGCACGGCCAAGUCAGAGGCUGCCAUGUGUCAGAGAGGUAUCCUUUGGAUGCCUCCGAGGGCAACAGCUUAGCAGCUCUCCGGUGGCCCUGUGGUUUCCCAACUUUGCAACUCCCGAGGAGUGCGAGGAACUCAUUGAGCUUGGUUUCAGGACCUGCAAGCGCCACAACGCGGAUGCCCAGGCCAUGCAGCGCCCAGCCGGAGAAAGCUCCGGGGAAAAGCUGCGCGGUGUGGCGACCGCCUCGUUGCAGGUCGGACGACUGGCCGGCGCGGAGCAUGUGCUGAUGACCGAAAUGCAGCGACGAGUGGCGGAACUCACAGGGAUCCCGGUGCAUGCCGAUGAAAUAAAUCCCUUUCUGAAAUUUGAUCAGCCAGCUGGUGUGGACCUGAAAGGAGAUGAUAUGAGCAUUGGCCUCCACCUGGAUGUGAAUGGCGGCCGACCUUACUGCAUUUGUUCUGUCAUCAUUUACUUGAACGACGUUGACCGGGGUCGCACGGUCUUCCCCUGCGCCACCAAUGGCACGGCGGAAACUGCGCCGUGCCACCAGCUGGGGCAGGUGAUGGCCCGUGCGGGCUACACGCACACCAGCCAUUCCUCUGCCCAAGAAGCGGGACAGGAGGCCUCCGAGCUGGUGAAUCGCGCCAGCACGGAGCCUAACAGCGGACUGAGGGUAUCACCGCAACGUGGCAGCGCCUUCUGGUUCUUCACCUUGGAUGACGUGGGAGGCUUCGAUGGCUCCUCCUGGCACGGCGGUGCUGCCGUGGCGGGAGACUUGGGGAAGUGGACACUGCAGAUCUUCAAGGAGAUCCCCCUGCCACACCGCUCUGCCGCUGCCCUGCCACAGCGAUGCGCGGAGCUGCGGCGCAGGGCGCAGUGA